GAAUCAGUCUCGAAGCGGACGCAGCCGAGCGAUUUGGAAGAGGAUAAGGAGUGCCAGCCGAUCGACGGCCGAGACGGCCUCUGCUCUCUGGAGGCACAUUCUCUAGCCAUCGCGAUCUCUAGACAGAUAUAAGGUGUAUCCUACAGGCAUCUUAAAAUUAAGAGUCUAUUAAACAGAUAUAUGACCCAAGACACAUCUUCAGAGGAGGCUUCUGUUGUUAUGGCUGGUAGUAUACUUCAGAGUUCAGUGAUGGUUAUAAGGAACACAUUCUCAGUUUUGGGACCGGACACCCAAGAGGAAAGGCUCAGAGGAUCUGGAAAAUUCUUACUGGAGAUUGCCAUAUCAGUUAUGGAUGUUAAAAUGCAUGGGUUGUGUGUUGAUGCUGCAAUCACUGGCGUAAUGCUCCUCCAUUAGCAAAACUCCAGGUGAUUCCUUAUAUAAUUACCCUGCCACUUGCAAAUGGAUUCUGUAGAAGUUCUUCAAAUGGUCUAAGAGGUUUUGAAUAAUUGUUGGAUACAUGAUUUCCAAAAUAGUUUAAGCAUAGAAACUAUAUUUAUUCUUACAGUCAGUACAUCCAAAGUUUAUCUGUUGGUUUAUUCUUUGUUGGCUGACCUGAUCAGACCUGACUUCAAGAUCCGACACCAGGUUUUAAUACACAGAUGACAAUGGUAUAUCCUGCAGGCAUCCUAAACUUAGAGUCUGUUGAACAAAGAGAGGCAUCUUAAAAUCUUCACCUUUGACAUGUUUGAAGUAUCACCCUGGAAAGGGUGAAAAACUCAACUUAUCCCUGAGUGGUACAUUUUCUUUUUCUCUUUGGAUGGAGUUGUUGGCUACAACAACCGAUACACUUGGUUGUAUGUUGCUCUUAGACACUCAAGUGACUUCUUGUGAUGCAACUGUGAAAGUGAUGCAAACUGCUUGUUCAUGGAGAUGUUAGUCAGUAGAGAUUGCCCAUGUGAAGUUUCUCUUACUAUUAACCAACAGAGUGACUAUUGCCUCUAUCUAGCUAGUCAUGCACGGAUGCAUCUUGGAAAGGAAUUCUUGAGGUUUGACAGCACGAAUCGCACAACUGUGAGCCGGUUCCACCUAGUUGUGCGUUUCAUUUGGUAAUAUAACACUUACCUAGUAAGUCUGAGGACUCACCACAAAUGACAUGAUAUAAUCCAUGC